AUGGCUGUUGCAUCGCCAACAUUUCCCACCUCAAGGGAGACCACUAACUAUGCCAGAUUAUGUGCCCUUUUGGUGGAUGUUGGUUCUCAGGUCCUGAGGGAGACAUUCGAUAGAAUACGUCCGCGUGGACGUCUUGACACUGUUUUGGGAACACCUCCAACAUCUGACACGCUGAAAUCACUUCUAAAGAAGAAAGUUGUAAACCCCUCACAAUGGAGCAGUUUGUAUCCUGCCAUCAAAUCUUCUGUUUCAUCUGAGAAAUUUGACAUCACUCUGCUGAUGGUGCUGCUUAGGAAUAUUUGUGGCCUGACUCCUCCGGCCGCUGGUUGGGAUAAACUUCCAGCGCCUACAGAUGUGAGUUGUGAGGAUGACUUAGCUCGCAUCAAAUGUUACAGAAACAAAGUGUACGGUCAUGCUGCUCAGGCGUCCGUUGACGAUGCAAAUUUUAGUAACUAUUGGUUGGAAAUCCGCGACACUCUGGUAAGACUGGGAGGAGCGGAUUAUGAAGCGGCUAUUGAUGUUCUUAAGUAUGACUGCAUGGACCCUGUCUUAGAAGAACAAUACAUAGAGAUGCUAAAGCAGUGGAAGGUGGACGAGGACUGCUUAAAGGACAAGCUGAAUAUCGUUGAGGCCAAAGUCGAUAACGUUCAAGCAUCAGUUAAUAACGUUGAGGCCAAAGUAGAUGACUUUCAAGCAGUAGUGGAUAGA